AUCUAGUACUUUGUUGAACAAUGUGUUUUCUUUGACAUGGAUUACAACUGUGGUUAUUGUUGUGUUAACGGAUGGAGUAAUAAGGAUAUAGUAGUGAAGAGACAAAGAUAAAAAGAAUACAUUAUUUCGUCAAUCAAGCGCUGGUUUGUUCUAGUUAUUCAUAAGGAUUAAUUCGACGUGGUUGAACAUGCAGUGAAUAACAAUUUCUCUCGCCUGCCCGCUCGGUUGAUGCAUCGUUGAAAGGAAUUCAUUUCGUAAUUCACGUGUGCUGGUAUUUCCUUGUUUUUCGGAUGGCUGAGAAGUUUCGGAUAAGGAACCACUAGUCAUGCAGGGGUGGCUGCUGUCAGGGUUGGUACCACUGGUGCUGGUCAUUGGCCUGUUCAUGAUGGACGGAGGAGAGGCGGUGACGACUACAGGUGGACCUUACAUUAUGCACCAGCCAGCAAAUGUCACUAAGUACGAUGGCCAGAAAGUGGAUUUCCCCUGUGUUUCUGAAGCCUACCACAACACUAUCAUCUACAAUUGGUACAAAGACACAGUGGAUGUCCGUACACUGGAUGGGUUCAAAGCUAAAAGAAUCAGUAUCACAGAGGAUGGCACCCUUCACUUUGAUCCUGCCGUCAAAGGGGACAGGGGCUGGUACACUUGCAGACCCAGCAAUGGACUUGGUCAUGAUGAAGCAUCGGCGUACCUAAACAUUAUUUAUAAGCCAGAAGUGCAAAAAAUGCCAUCCCAGAUAACAUGGGCUAAAGGCUACCUUCAGCAGAUAGAUUGCCCUGUAGAUUCAAACCCACCGCUUUCUAAGGUGGACUGGGUGAAAGAUUCCUCUGUGGUCAAAGGCACAGGGCGCUUUGACAUCCUGGGUAAUGGUACCCUGCUGGUGAGUAAUGUUACAGAUGGAGAUGGAGGUAACUACCAAUGCACACCCUAUAAUUCCAUGGGGAAUGGUCUCCCUUCAUCAAGAGUUCUGGUUGUAGUCAAAGACCCCCCAGAGUUCACUAAAGAACCUAUGCCGCAAUAUAUCAGAAAUAUUGGAGAUUCAGUGGUUAUGGAAUGUGAAGCCUUUGGUAAUCCAUCAGUUUCUGUAGUUUGGACUAAGGUAAAUGGCAUGCUUAUAAAUAAUGAACGAGUGACAAUGACAGAGAAAUACCUAGAAAUAAGGAAUUUAACAAAAGAGGAUCAUGGGACAUAUGAAUGCAAAGCCAUCAACACAAUAGCUUCUAGAGUUAAGGUCACAGAGCUUAGGAUUGAUAAUACAACUCCGUACGCACCGUUUAAUGUGACAGUGAUACCCAGUGUUUUCAAUGUGACAAUAACAUGGCAGCCAGCAUAUGAUGGGGGAACACUUCAAUCAUACACUCUGUGGUUUCGGCAGGUGAAUCACAAUGACUGGCAAAAAAUGGACAUGCCAGGCACUUCAGCAACUGUCUUUUCUUUGUAUGGUCUACACCCAAAUGCAGAAUAUGAGUUUAAAAUAUUGUCCUACAAUAAAUGGGGCAAUGGAUCUUUCAGUGAUGUAGUUAGACAGAAAACAUUGGGUUUGUCUGAACCGGGCAGUCCAAGCAACCGCGACAACAUCACACCGGAUUACGACCCUCUUGCUGCCCUUAGUUUGCCACGAGACCAGAAUGGGGACAUCUACUACCCCGAGGUGGUUGAGAAUAGAGGUCCUAUACCAAACCCUCCUUCCAACUUAUCCUACCAAGUUAAAGAUAAUACUAUUUUUCUUUAUUGGAGAGUUCCUUCAUUUUCACCAGCACCAAUAUUCUACUACUUGAUAGAAUACAAUGAAAUUAGUGGCAGCAACUGGAAAUACUACCCAGAGAGGAUCAUCAAUGCCAUGACUAGUAGUGCUGUCAUGAAAGGAUUACCCAGCGGGAAUUAUGACAUCAGACUACGGUCAUAUGGCGUCUUGGCCAAAAGCCCCUUAUCCAACACCAUCCGCGUGAGCUUGCCCAGUGGAAAAAACAAAGGCAAUGCUGAUGCAUCUUCAUCAUCUGAUGACUUGGUUCUACCAGAGGCCCUUAUUGGUGGAAUUAUUGGGGGCGUGUUGUUUUUAUUGGUUGCUGUCCUUCUGGCUUUGGUGGCCAUUUUUCACAGCCGAAAGAAAGACAGGAAGGCCAAAUCAAAAUACAAUGAUGUCAACUAUGGUAAACCUGAUGAAAUGAAUGGAAGACAUGAACCUCAGGCAAAACGGGAUCGCUGGCAAUACAAUGGAGGAGGAGACUUUGUGACAUCUCUGGAUGCAACCGACGGUAUUUUCUUCUUACCCCAGACCCGAGCACUUGACCAAUCAGCUGACAUGAUGUCCACGCGCUUGUAUGUUGAUAAACUUGACCCUCAGAAACACAGCGCUGGUCGGAGUGUCCCCUUUAGGGAGGGGUAUGACCAGGGUAUUGCUCGCCAGGUGCCUUUGAAUGAAACAAGUUUUAUGAGUGAUAGGUCGCAGGCCGGGUCGUUCAGGUCCCGACCGGAUAAGAACGUCACCUGGCCUGACGAAAAAGGUGAAUCAAGUCUCAUCCAGCAGCCUUUGUCCAGAUCUUUGCCUCCAAGUUACGGCCGCCUUCCCCUAGAAACUUAUCCCCAUCCACAUCAUGAACAGGUAAACGAUCCUUUGCCACAGCAGAGACAUCCAUCAUCGUUUAAAGAUUACCCCACCUUAUCAAAAUCAUACUCGUUUCCUUCUCAUCACGCACCUGUCAAGCCAGCUUUAGCCAAUCAGUAUCCAAGUCAUUCAGCUCACUUAGCAGCACCGCGUUAUCCCAGCCAUUCAGGUUCCUCCCCCAGGGAGGGCCCAGCCCCCAGGGAGGGCCCAGCCCCCAACUUGGAUACCCAGUAUCCAAGUUUUCAAAGUGAAGACGAUGAAGUCUUCGGAACGUUGCCUCAGCAGCCUGGUCUCAAGCCGACACCUGGGUUCCCCCGGCAUAGCUCGAUGAAGCCAAGCCAGAUGACGUACCUGACUGAUGAUUACCUGCCCUCACAGCAGUCCAAUGUUCCCUUGUUUGGGGCCGAGGACAUCAGCUCGGUGCUGGAGCCUGUUUCAGAGCAGACAUCCCAGAGCCAUCCUAAUCAUUCCGUGUCACCAGCCGGCCGUGCUUUGUACAGCCCUCGUCACGACACCGCCCACAUUCCACCAGGCUAUUACAUCAGCACGGGCGACAGCGCCAAGCCGUUCGCCAUGGUAACCCCUGCCCACCAGCGCCGCCACCCUAGUGAUAACGAGAGCAACAACAGCAGCGGCAGGCCGUUGGGCUACACGCGCGACCACUUGCAGGGCGUGGUCCAGAGACUCCGCCAAGCCCCACCUGUCGCCCCGCCCGUCAAGCCUUCCCGCCAAGCUAACAUCUCCGGCUACUCUGAUCCCUUGCCACAGAGCAGGGUCAACCUGUACCUGCCCCCUCAGAUGUCCAAGUCACAUUCAGCCCUACAGGACCCUGACUACUAUGGUACACUGGAUAGCGCUGAUAACAGUCUGGCUCGGCGCAAAGUUCCGUACUACAUGUCUGAUAUUAUCAAUGAACCUGAAUAUGUCAAUGAGCCACUCAGGCCCAGAGCUUUAAGUGAAGGAAGUCGUGGGUUAAAAGGAAUUCCUUCAUUUGAGGCUCAGGAUUAUGAAGGUGCACCUUAUGUAAAUAGACCAUCUAAUUGGAUGUCUUACCCAGAUAUGUCCCUGCCUAGAAACUAUCAUGAUGGACAGUAUGAUAGUAGGAAUGACAGUGGCAGAAGACCAUCAGAUGAGCGUAGGCAGUAUGAUUACAGAAGACCCGCGGGUCACCAAAGACCAGAUGUUCCAAGGCAGUAUGGGAGUCAAAGACAUCUGGAAGAUUCCUAUGGCAGGCCCUCCAGUCAUCAGCAGCCUCCCUCUUACAACGCUCCAGCAUUCCAUCCACAGAGGACCCUACCUCAUGGCGGUGUCCUUGCACCCCCACGGUACACCACACAGCCACCCCACCCCGGGGGUCAGUACAGAGGCUACCCCAGUGAUGAGUCGGUGCCCCAAGACUCCGGCAGCCACAGUAGUGGUAUCGGCAGCCGCAACACGUCCCAGAGCAACGGCUCUGUACACCCCCACCAGCGAGGCGGUGGGGGUAAAGGUAGUGCGUCCUUCAGUUCAACCCACGACCCGGAUCUAAGCCUGGAGGGUCAUCAGCCAUCUGGCCCUCUGACCCAUCGUAGAGACACCUCAGGGGAUGAAAACUAUGAAUUUGACUCUUUGAACGCACUGGAGAAUGAUAUCAUGGAUGACUUGAAGAGGUAUUCCAGACUAAGUGGCACAGCGCCUAGACAUUCACAUUCCAGGGUAGACCAACAUAGUGAGCACCCACCAGACAAAGCCAACAGGUAUCCAGACUCUGACCAAAGGUUUCAGAAGCUUAGGGAGGAGUUUAAACAAUACAGACAACUGCAGCACCUCCCACAGGAGGAAAUACACCCUCCACCCACAGCUACAUCAGCCCUGCCCAUUGGUCAAGAUGGCGAGCCACUUUAUCCAAUGGACAGCGAAAUGUUGUAGCUAAAAAAAAUUCUUGUAAUAAAAAAGGUAUCUUAAAAACAUGGAGCAGAAAUCUUAAAACAAUAUUUGUCUUUAUUCUUUUAAUGUACAAACACAAGUUUUUCAAUUAGUUAUGUUUUCAAGCAAAGAAUGAAUAAAUAUUUACAGGACAGAUAACACUGACUGGCUGGGAUGGCUUAGCAUAAAAACCUGUAACCAGUUUAGAAUUUCUCUGCCUCUGCUUGGUAUACAAGACCCAUCUAGCACCAGUUGGUCUUAUUUACCAAGGUACAGUACCAAUCAUUCUUUAUUAAGCAAGGUGCUAUAAACAGAAAACAUAUAAUCUAGAUGGAUGGCACUGCUCUUAUGAACAAUGUAUUUGUGGGUUUUUUUUAAUUGUUAAUUUAUCAUUGAUUUCAUAAUUUGCAUAUAAGCAUAAUUAAAAUAUAUUUUAUGUGUACAAGUCUUUUUGCAGUAUUAGUCAUGGAUAAGUCUAUAUUUCUUGUUGCAAAAUUAGUCAAGGUUUUAAAAAAAUGCCUGAAGGUCUUAGUGCAAGGUUUAAAGCUUAAAAGUAUUUUCAGGUAUUUUAGCUGUUUUUACAAUAAAUAAUUCUACAACAGAAGUGGUUGUAUAAUUUUAUAUUCAUUUUUCUUUAAACUAGAUUUUGAUUAAUGGCGAGCAAGCUUGAAAAUUGUAUGUUUAUACAAAAAUGCAAUUUUUUUUAAUGAAACAACAAAACCACGACUAAUACUGGAAAAAGAUUUCUUUAAAAAAAUUACGUCCUUAGAGUAUCAGCGAUUCACCUUGAGUAAAACUAGGACCCAGAAUAAUUUUUUAUUUGAUCUCAAUGAUGCUUUAAAUCAAAUAAAACACUUUCACCAUACUUAAUGGUAGACAAUAAUAUAUUGAGAAGUGAACAUCAAUCCUACUAUUGGUAAAAGAUUUUUACCUGUACCAUAAUGCAUCUGCCCAAGUGUAGUGGGGACUGAAGUGAAAGGUUGGUGAUAAUACACUUACAUUUUAUUGUUGUAGUUUUGAAAAUUAUAAAAACUCAAUAUACUUUCUCAAUCUAGUUUUGCCAAACUUAGAUUAAAUUUUAAAAAUAAAGUUGAUUGUUGUACAGUUAUAAACUGAAAAAUAAAACCAGAACACAUCAUUGAAUUAAACAUUGAUACCUAAGCUGUUUGAAUCAAACAUUGAUACCUAAGCUGUUUUAAACGAGGUGAAAGCUUGACACCAUGGAAGAGUUGUGAUUUUUAAUAUUGUUUUUUUUUUCUUCAGUCAUGAUGUGCUAUAGUUUUAAAAAAAAAAACCAAAUUGAACACACUAAUGCUGUUGAUGUUUACAUGUCUUGUGUAUGUGUUUCUUUUUAAAUUUCAAGUGAAUACAAUUGUCUUACAUAUACAUGCUGUACUGAAGAUUUUUUUCUGUAUAUAUUUAUAACUGGUAAAUUGAUGAUCAUAUAAUAUAACUUUGUUAUCUACAAAGUUAAUAACUGUACCAAAUGCUUCAAACUUACUUUUUGGGUAUAUAAUAAAAUGUUAUAUAUUAUAAUAAAUUAAUGAUGGAUUAAUGAAUUGAUUAUAGAAUAAUUUAUUUCUUUGUUCUGAUGCUAGUUAUGUUGUUUUGUACUGUUUGUCAGAAGUGGGUUUCAUCAGUGCUACUGAUCACGUGAUCAUAUACAUUUAGUGUGUGUACGAGUCUUGCUGUCUUGUUGAUAACAUUAGUGAGCAUUGCUGCAAAACAAAUUGAGGAUGUCCAGUAGAGUGCUGAAACUGGGUUGGCUAAUCAGGAUCUAGAAACUAAGUAAAACUUAAGUACAGAAUGUUAAAAGUAAUCAAUGUUUUAAGUUUUUAAAAAUGUGUCCUGUUUGUGAAUAGACUGAUGAGCAUACGGUUGCCUGGAGGUUGAUACUUUCAGAUGACCAGUGGUAUUGUGUUGUGCUGAGGUGUUCAGUGUUGAUGACACAUUUUAUAAAACUUUGAGAGAUGUAUCAGAGACAGGGUCUUUACCAACCUGACACCCCUUGUUAAAGAUGGUAGCUUCUAACUGACAGCUGUUGAAUACAUAAACCCGUCCCACUCCCUCUGGUUUAGGUUUAAGUGUUAUAGCAGCAUUUAUUACUUUUAAAAUGAGUUAUCUAAUUAGGGACAUGCUGUCUUGUUAACAUAGCUUUGACUGUCAUUUUAAGAUAACGCUGAAUCUCAGUGUGUUACACAAAAUUCCCCGGUGCAGUGUGGCAAAGGCUUGAUAAUUUUCUUCAACUUAUUUCAAGUGAUUUAUUUCUGCCUAAUGAGAGUGUCCUCCCUUUCCCUAACACCCAGAUAGUCUCCCCUCUCACUCAGUUAACCUCCCAGAAGGCCUACUAGUAAGAACAUGACUAAGAAAGUAGUUCUAGUUUGUGGUUGAUUUUAUUUAAAAACAAAUGUAGUAGUAAACCCUUAUAUUAAAAAAAAAAUCUCAGUUUCUUUUGUUGUAACUUCAUUGUGGUUAGAAUAUAUUUCUAUAAACAUGUUAUCUUUAAAUAAAUUUUCUAUUGAAAUAUAAAUACACAAAUGAUGAGCUGUGUGUAUAUUUAUAAUGAUCAGUCAUGAAUAAGGUUUUUCACAAUUUUAUAUAAUUCCUCAUCCCCAUUUGUCUUGAUUUGUAAACAUUUUGUUUGCUUCUCUUUGUUACUGUGCAUUGGUUUUAACUUAAAACAUUUUUUAUCAAUAUUUUAAAAUUUGACUUUGCAUAGAAAAGGAAUUUUUUUAAAUUGCCUGGUUAGCUACUUAAUGUUAAUAGGUAGGUCCACACGAACUACUUACGGAGAUAUGCUGUUUUUUUUUUCUUUUCAAUUUUUUACAAUUUAAAAUUUGAAGCUUUUUAAAUACUUUUAAAAUUUAUUAUAUUUGGCACAUGAAAGUUAAGUAUUAAACAGUAAAAAGAGGCUUGAAAACAAUUUCGGUUGUCAUAGAAACAAGAAUAAACCAUUUUAGAUUAUGUGGUUCUUUUAAAAACGCAAAUGCUUUUUAUUCUUGCAAUUUGUGCAAUCUAAUUGAAAUUUUAGUGGAAAAGAAUAUGAUUUAUAAAUUAUGCGGCCAAAAAAAUUGUAUUUUAAGUAUAUUAAAAAAAAAUUCUCAAGAAAUUUAUGUUCUUCAUACAAAAAUUAAAAAGCAUCCAAAAGUGAAAGAAAUGCAUUAUGUACAAAAUCAAUUUUUUUUUUUACUUAAUGAGUCCCUUUCCAAGAUAUAUAAAUGAUAGAGUUUGGAAGAAAAACAAAUUUACAUUUAAAGGGAAGUAAAGUUUAAGAAGAUAACUAUAGUAUUCUAUACUUAUUUUUUCAAACAAUUUUUAGUUUGUUUAUUAAAAAUUUCAAAUAGUGUUAGCAAAAAAUAAAAUGGGAAAUUAUAAAUAUUAUGAAGAGUUUUAGUGUAGUUUAUAAUUUAACAUCAUUCUUGCACAAAAAAUUUUAAAACUGAAAAUAAAAUAAAAAUAAAAAAAUAUCUACAAGCCAUGCACACCAGUAUAAUUUUAUGUCAUAACAUUUAAAACAUGUAUACUUAAAAUUUUGCUUUUAUGUUAAAUUUGAUUAAUUAGUUUUAUUUUUAAAUUUAAGAUUUGAUCAUUCCUAAUUGUUUACUUUCUAUAGUGUACAUUUUGACAUCAAUUAAUUGUGUAAACAAAAAUUCCAUGUUUGCUAGACUUACAAAAAAAAAAUUAUUUUUUAAUGUCUGAUGUUUUCAUAAUGUAAACAAAUAUAUUGUUAAG